CUCCAAUGAAGACUUCAUCAUACUCCUUCGUUGGAAUUCGCAAACAUUUUUGGAAGGAAGUUUUUUAUAAUAUCUAACUAUACUAAGACUCCAUAGAGAUGACCGAAAUUGUAAAUAUCAUUAUACAUUCAGAAAUCUAAAUCGCCAAAAUACAUUCUGCCAUUGAAGUUGUCAACUGUUAUAGAGAUUACAGGACAGGUAAGUAAAAAUAAUAGGAAUUUCAGUGGAUUCCAGUUUAAAUACAAGGACACGAAUAAACUAAUGAAUUGUAGAUCAUCGGAUAUAGCUAUGUAAGUGUGCUUAUUAUGAUUAGUUUAAUGGAUAUGGUAAGCAACUAAAUAACUUUCCUAAAUAUCACUAUGUUUUAUUAGGCUAUUGAAAUAAUAGGGAGAGGCAGUUCAUCAAGUGUUUCUGUUUUGAUCGAUACUUAUUCAUAAGAGCAAUUUGCUGUCAAAAGUAUAGAUAAAGAAUACUUGUAGAAGAAUGAUAAGUUAUAAGUAAUAUUUGAUAUAAUGUAGAUAUUAUUUGAAAACGAGGUAAAGAUCUUGUAGGAAUUGACAAAGUAUAACCAUCAAAAUUAUUUUGUGCAUUUAUACAGAGUUUUUGAGAGCAAAACAUCAUACUAUUUAAUCUUGAAUCUCAUGAAAGGCAAAUCACUCACAGCCUACUACAAUAAAAUCAAAGUAAGCAAUAAUGUUAAAUUGUUUGAAAUUAGAAAUAAUCAGAUUCCAAGUUAUUCUCUUCAGACAUUAUUAAAUUAAUCAUGAGGAGACUCUUUUCUGGUGUUUCACUUCUGCAUUGUCAUCGAGUAUCAAAUUUAUCUAUAUCAGAUAAUCCAUAGGGAUCUCAAGCCUGAUAAUCUGUUACUUUUGGAACCAAAUAAUGUAGAUACCCUAGCCAUAGCUGAUUUUGGACUAGCAACCUAUAGUAAUGUAGAAAAGUAAUAAAUCUUUACCAUCAAAUAGGUAUUCUUAUCCAAUUUGUGGAACCAAGGGGUACAUGGCACCAGAGAUCACCCAUUACAAAGAUGGAUAGAUUAAAUAUGAUGAAUAAAUUGAUAUCUAUAGUAUUGGUGUCAUUUUUAUUUGGCUGUAAUUUUUUUAUAAUCCUAGACUCACUGGUGAUAUUGAUAGACAUAAUCCUAAAUUAUUGAAGUUAGAUUCAAUUACUUAAAAUUUAUUGAAUAACCUCUUAAAAUCAAAUCCAAAAGAAAGAUUGUCAGCUCAGGCAGCACUUGAUCAUCCUUAUUUCUAAACUGAUGAAACUACUAAGAAGACUUUUCAAUCUUAAUAUGGAUUUGUAACUCCAAUUUUAUAUUCUAGGAAAAUGUUGAUUGCGAUAGUAUUAUACAACAUGAAGAUUUAAAAAACUAUUCUUUGCCUAUGAUGAAGAAACCUCAAAGAUAAAUAUGA